AUGACAGACUCGGACAGGCCCCAGAGGCAUAAGCUGUGUUUUUUAUCCACAUUGCUUUCCCAAAAGGUCCUGGAGAGGUCUGAUGCUGUCCUUCGCUGCAUCAUAGCUGGCCAGCCCAAGCCGGAGGUAACUUGGUAUAAGAAUGGUCAAGCCAUAGAGGAAUGUGGUAUCAUUUCCAGCUAUGAGUUUUUUGAGGAUCAAUAUAUUCAUUUGCUACAACUCUCUUGCUGUGCCCAGAGCGAUGCUGCUGUGUAUCAAGUGUCAGCCAGAAACGACCUGGGAAUGGUCUGCUGCUCUGCUUCCCUGGAGGUGGAAUCUGCACCAGAAAUCCCACACGUUUCUCCUGCCCUGGGAGGUGGGGGGGCCGUGGGGCAGACACAUGAGGGAGACACCGAUGAGGAAGAACACACAAGGCAGACCCAUGAGAAAGAACAGCCUUGUAAGGAAGGAGAGAGUGUCUCCCCGGAGACUCUCACGUCACCCGAUUCCUCCCCUGCCAAAUUCAACCUCUUCCAUUCACUCCAGGUAUUGGCCAAUUAUGACAUUUGCUCCCCCAGCUCUGAAAAUCCCCACCACGUUAAAGGAAUGAGGCCAGCUGCAGAGGUUUAUGAUCCAAGUAACACAGAAGAAACUUCCCUGCCUUCAAAUAAUACUCCCGAACAUCGUGAUGUAUAUCACCACUGGACGGUGCAUUCCACAGAAGAUGGCCUGAGCGAUGACAGCCCUAAUGGGGAGGCCUUCACCCCUAGUCAUCAAAACCCCAAAGCACAGAAAUACAUCAGCUUCAGUCUCCCACUGUCAGAGGCAACUGCAGGCAUUUACCCAGAUGCCAACAGCACCUCGGGCAACAGGGAGUUCCACCCCCAAGUCUCCAGCGAAGACUCGGACAGCAGCGACUAUGAACUUUGCCCAGAGAUAACCUUAACCUGCACAGAGGAGUUUUCAGACGAUGACCUGGAGUAUCUGGAAUGUUCCGAUGUUAUGACGGAUUACUCUAAUGCAGUUUGGCAAGGGAGCCUGCAAAGGACUGGGCAUGCUUUUUUAUUAGAAAGCGAUGACGAAGAGAUGGAAUUCAGCGAGUGUGGCCUGGGUGGGCGUGAGCAUUUCCUCAGUGAAAUGGGUUGUGGGCCUCAGGUGUCGGGUGACAAGGAGCCUAUGGAUGCCACCACUGGCUUCUGUGCUUCUCACUCACAGUCCCCAGAAGUGGGGAUCAGGAGCAGCACAGCGUCCAAGCACAGUCCCUCCUCCCCACCAGGAGGGACGAGACUCACUCUGGGCCCUCACCAGGAUGGAACAGUGACUGCUUUCCCCAGUGCUUCUGGGAUUGCUGAAAAUGAUUGUCCAGGAAUUCAAGGAGAAGCCAGAGACUGCCACCAAGCAGGAGAGGAAUUCACCAGUGACAACCUGCUAACCAUGGAUGAGGCCGCGACAGAGGCAGAGAUGAAGCCCUUGUCUGGGGGGACAGACAAGUCAGAGAUGAAGCAGGGUUCAGAGAGCGGUGCUGAAGACAGAUGGGAGAAACAUGCAGGCAGCAGGAGGGGCACCCAGAGACCCACCAAAGGAGGGUGUCCCAGAGUGAAGGGAAAUGCCAAGAAGCUAAUCUGGAAGGAAAUCUCCCCAGAGGGAACCUUAAACCCCCCUUCCCAGGAACCCACCAGUCACCCUCUGACCCAGAACGAUCCAAGACAGACUCUGCACACCAAAGCUAGACCUCCUCGCCGGAAUUCCCACUUCCACAUCCGACCAUGUGGUACGUCACCUCCGACAGAGCAAGGCUCACUCAACAAGGAAGGGUACCCAAGUUUCAAGGGAGAAGGGGUGCAGGUUUAUGACUUAUUUGAGACACACUGGGUUCCAGACCAGAGUGAUCAUCUUCAGGUGCAAAUUCAGGCGAGAGAUUCUUCCAGCCAGAUGCCCCCUUCCUCAGAUCCUCCUGAGGAAGAGUCUCCAUCCACCAGGACCACAAUGAAUUUCUCGUCCAUCUCAGAAGGGACUCACGGGGAAGAGCCACCAUUGGCCCAAUCCCUGCAGUUGGAAAACUGUUCUCAAGACCCACAACAGACAGAAAAACAAGACAGAGAAGGCGGUGCAUCUAGCAGGUCCUGGGAAGACCUAGGACAUGAGCCCAGCAUCCCAGAAACCAAUGAUGACAAUAUGUACCCAGCUGCCUCCUCACCUCCUCUCCCCCAGGAGGGCAGCAAUGCCUGCAGCGAGCCUGAGGCUCUCUUUAUUGCUUCCCGUGAGCCUCUAGAUGCUGCCCUCCUCCUGGCAAAUCCAUGCAGUGAGCCAAGGGGCGGAGAAGCAGUGAACGUGGUGGAGUGUUUUGAAGCUGGUGACCAAGGAACAUGGUCUGAUACCAUGGAUCCUCCUGUGGGAGCACCAGUUGAUAAAUACCUGCCUCAAGAGAUUUGCUCCAUGGACUUUGAGAGGACAGAAGGUCACAGCAAAGUAUGUGAUUUAUGUUCUCCUGAUGACAAGCCCCUGGCGGUUCUUCCUCAGGCACCAGCUUCUGAGUCUCCUCAGCCCACAUGUGAGAAUGCCAGGGAUAGACGCUUGGCCAUCAGUGCCUUCACCUGGAACAUGUCACAGGUGGCCAGCAGGGGUGUCACAGGGGCAAAUGAAGCUGAGGUGGAGGAUCGCCCCUGCAUCUCAGCUUCCACAAUCCAGGCCAUCCGGGAGAGUUCAAAUCCCUGUUUCUCAGAAGGGCUUGGGGAGCUUCAUCCCCUUUCUUCUGAGAACAAGUCCUUCGUGCACCUUAACGAAGGAGGCAGUGAGACCCCCAGGACCAGUACCCCCACUACCAGGGACAGACCAGCCAGGCACGGUUCAGUGAUGAAGGUCCCACAAGAGAAGCCAACAGCAACAACGGCUAAUUCUAAGUGUCUUCAGGUGGCCAGGGAGACUCAGGACACAUCACCUCUUGUCGCUGAACCCAAGGUCCACCCAGCCAAGUAUCACACUGUUUCAGUUUCUGAAGACAGCCCAAUAGAGGGCACUGAGGAGAGUUCACCCGAGGCGCCAGAUGUAAACCACUACCAAUGUCCUUCCAGUGUAGAGUCAGGCCAUAUUUUAACCGGAUCCACAGAAGAGCUCCUUUGCCUGACCUCCAGUGUUCCAGAAGUCUCUGGCCCAGAGGGAGAGGAAUUUUGUAGCAAUUCCCCUCUUCAGCUUGAUGACCAGUCUCUGGAUGAAAGCCAAAUGGGGUUCAGAACAGACAACAGGAGCUUUGACGAGGAUUUCCGAGAAAAAGGAAGUGAAAUGAGGCAGAGAAUCCAACCAGACAGCCUGCCCUACCAUGGUUCCCUUUCUGCACCUGAUUUCCAAGAAAGUUUGUCCCAGUCAUCGGUUACACAGGAAGACAUCUUGGUGCCCUCAGAGCUCUCCCCAGAAAAUUCCAGGGAAGACACAGUGUGCGGCUCAGGUGUGGAGCCCACUGUCCCCGUGGUAGCAGAAGGAACCAGGGAAGAACACAUCCAGACACUGAGCAAUGUUCCAUCUCUCUCUGAAAUCCUCCUGGGGGAGUCUCAGGCCCUGGGACUAGGCAACUGGGAAGCAGGUAACAAGGUGAAGAUUAUAACCCUAGAGAUUCCUGAUUCUGAAAUUUGGCCAUCAAGGCAAGUGACGGAUCCUGAGUGCAAAGAGGCAGAAGCUGGAUCCACAGUCUUUGGCAGGGCCUGGUCUCUGUCUGAUGUUCUGAACGCAGAUUCUGCUGUGGCAGAACCUGCCCCCUGGAGGAUAGCAGCAGGGGCCCAAAGUCCUUGGGCUGAGAUGACUCCAGUCCCUGCUAACAACAGGAAAACGGGCGAAGAUGCCACACCAGCCAGCAUCAUGUAUUGGAGUAGUCUUUCUUCCCAGGGUAUGAGCCACCCCAGGUUCCUGGAGUCAUCCGUGGACCCCAUGGAGAAAGAGGAAUUAUGUAUGAUAGAUUCUCUAUCCCAGGCUUCGCAAAUGGAAAGGACAGGACUUGCUAGCAAUGUGAGUCAAGAGCAGGAGGAAAAUCAGCUCAAGAUGGAUAAUUCUGCCUUAUUGAACCAGUGUUUGACCUUCCCUAACAUCUGGGAAUCCUCUGUAGAUCCUGUUGAUGAGACAGGUGAGAGAGAGUGUCACAGGACUGAGAAAGUAGAACCUUCUGAACCUAUACUGGGGGCCCUUGGAGACGGGAGUGAAUCCACUGAUGGAAAUCUGGGCCAGGAAGUGGAAGUCCAACCCGCCCUUCUGCAAGUUCCAUGUUCCCAAAACAAUGAGGAAACCAUUCCAAAUGAAAACAUGAUCAGCCAAGAACAAGUAGUCUGGGAGAGAGAAGAGGCCAAACCAAGUCAAAAUGAAGUCAGAGGAAAACUACAGCCGGCCAUUUGUCAAGCCCCCUGUUCUGAGGAGGGUUUGCAAAGAACUCCAUGUGCAGGCAGCAUGGACCGAGCACAAGAGGGCAAUGAUAGAAGUUUAGGGGAGGCUGAGCAAAGCAAACAGGACAAGGCUGAAUUUCUUUCCCCCUCGUCACCUCUUUCUAGUUGUCUUGCAGUAAUGACUGAUGCACCUGUUGAAGAUGAGACUCACUACUCCACAGGCCAAAUUUAUAGUCAAUUUGCAGAUGAUUUUGUUGAACCCAGAAACCAUCAGUAUGUAUUUUGCAAUGCGGAGGGAAGGGAAACUACUGAGACCGAGCAGGGGAAACAUGUGCCCUCUUGUAGUGAUCUUACACCAUGGCCUUGCAGUUCAUCUCCCCAAGGAAACGCCACACACUUUUCAACAAGUCAUAGCACGGAGGAACUGAAAACAGAGGAGCUUCAGAUUGGGGAAACCAAAGCCCCAAGUUCAUCUGACUCCCAAGCAAUGACCCUGGCUUUCAUUUCAGGAGAACGUGAGUCAGAGAAAGCCCCUGAGGUCCUACAGGACCUAUGUCAAAAGGGCUCUAUCCUGGGAAGUGGGAAUAAGUUCAAGGAGAAGGAGAAGUCUAGCCACGUGGCUGCCCAGACUGGCAAAUUACCAGGGGCUCGAUCAUCAGUGGCUAGGUCAGAGGAGAUCAAGAAGACGCAAGAAACUCCAGGAAGUGGACAUCUAGCUGAGGGAGUAAAGAAGAAAAUUCUGUCCAGGGUGGCAGCCCUGAGAUUGAGAUUGGAAGAAAAGGAAAAUGUCAGAAAGAACUCAGGUCUUCCUAAAAAAAUACCUAAGCUCGAAAAAUCAUUAUUACGCACCACUGAGAAAAAAGAACCCAGAAAGGCACCUUGCAAAAGAGAAGGAAAAGCUCCAAUAUUGUUGAAAAAGAUCCAAGCUGAGAUGUUUCCUGACCAUUCUGGAAAUGUAAAAUUGAGCUGCCAGUUUGCAGAAAUUCAUGAAGAUUCUACAAUCUGGUGGACAAAAGAUUCCAAGUCAAUAGCUCAAGUCCAGAAAAGAGCCGGAGACAACUCCAGCGUGUCCUUGGCCAUCGUUCAAGCUGGGCAGAAGGACCAGGGCCUCUAUUACUGCUGCAUCAAGAACAGUUAUGGAAAUGUCAGUGCUGAGUUUAACCUCACGGCUGAAGUGCUCAAGCAGCUGUCAAGCCUCCCAGAGAAUAGAGGAUGUGAAGAGAUCGAAUUCAGCCAGCUCAUCUUCAGAGAGGACUUCCUUCGUGACAGCUACUUUGGGGACCACCUGCGUGGCCAGAUCUCCACUGAGGAGUUGCACUUCGGGGAAGGGGUACACCGCAAAGCCUUCCGCAGCACAGUGAUGCAGGGCCUCAUGCCGGUCUUCCAGCCGGGCCAUUCCUGCGUGCUCAAGGUGCACAACGCCAUCGCCCAUGGGACCAGAAACAACGCUGAGCUCGUGCAGAGGAACUACAAACUGGCCGCUCAGGAAUGCUACGUUCAAAAUACUGCCAGACACUAUGCCAAGAUCUACGCGGCUGAAGCACAGCCUCUGGAAGGCUUUGGAGAAGUGCCAGAGAUCAUUCCUAUUUUCCUUAUCCAUCGGCCUGAGAACAACAUCCCUUAUGCAACAGUGGAAGAGGAGCUGAUGGGCGAAUUCGUGAAGUACUCCAUCCGAGAUGGGAAGGAAAUCAAUUUCUUGAGAAGAGAAUCAGAGGCUGGGCAGAAAUGCUGUACCUUCCAGCACUGGGUGUACGAGAAAACCAGCGGCUGUCUCCUGGUCACAGACAUGCAGGGUGUAGGAAUGAAGUUAACGGACGUUGGCAUAGCAACGCUGGCUAAAGGGUACAAAGGAUUUAAGGGCAACUGUUCCAUGACAUUCAUUGAUCAGUUUAAGGCGCUACACCAGUGUAACAAGUAUUGUCGCAUGCUGGGGCUGAAAUCCCUUCAAAACAGUAGCCAGAAGCCAAAGAAGCCGAGCAUCGGGAAAAGCAGAGUUCAGACAAACUCCACAACCACGAAGAAGCCAGGACCUGGAAGCCCAGCGGAGAAGAAAGCCUAGUGCACGCCACCCUGAGGCCCGCGGCCACCAGCGAGCAGCACGAGAGCUGUGAGCAGACAUUUAUGGCCACGCGGGAGAUAAUGGUGCACAGCCUGCAGAGCGCGUGUGGCAUGCUUUCUGCCCAGCCAACUUUGCCCCACGAGGCAUUCACAGCGUCACCUGCCAUCUGCUGCCGUGACCUUAGGACGGGGACUCGUGACCAGACUUGUACAGGGACUCAGCCAUUCUCUUCUUUGUCAGCCAGCUAGCAUUUCUAGCAAUUUCACAUUGUGCGUCGUUGGUGUAUUUGCACGUGGUUUGUUGUCAAGGACUUGGUGCUGUGCUUAUCUCUCUACGUCCCUAAUCCUCCCCUCUCUACAUCCUAAUCCCACCUCUCACUAUGUCCAGCAUGGCCAGCCGUGAUGUGAACAGACCUCAUGGAUGGCAAGCUGUUGCACGAGUGUUGAGUGUCUAGCGUUGCUGGAGCCGGCUUCUGAAAUGGCAGGCCACUUCCCUCCCUGACUCACAUAGCCAGGGAAAAUGUUCCAUUCAUUAAAUUCAUGAACAAGAAGCGUAAAAUGCGCAUAUCAUCUGAGACACUUAUUCUUUCGGAUCUUGUGCCAUA